AAUUGAUUGCUUUGUAUGAUCUUUCGACACCAAAAGCUGGUCGACAGUAUAAAUUCUGUCACACUCUCAUCACCAGCAACAUCAUCAACAACUCAGAGGCUCUCUUCGUUUCGAAGCAAGUUCUGCGUGUGGAUCAAUAUGAAGAUGUUUGGAGGGGUGUUUUUGCCCCUAAUCCUACUGCUCAACACCGGCGGGAUUUCAGGGACAGUUGUUUCCAGCUGUGGUUCCUGCCACGAAGAAGCAACGUGUGAAGAGUCAGACGAAAGAGGCGACUCCAUUACUAGCUUCUCCUGCGUGUGCAACGAUGGCUUGGUCGGCGACGGUCUCACCUGUUACAAUACGCUCGACUGUGCCGAUGGCUCUUGUUGUAGUCAAGGUUACGAGUGGGCACCUGGCAGUGGCUGCGUGGACACGGACGAGUGUUCGCUCGCCGAAUCACCUUGCACGGCACCGCUGAUUUGCCAAAACACACCCGGCACUUAUGAAUGCCUCGAGCCUGCCGCACACUCCAGAUGGGGCCCUUCCUCACAAUCACUCCAGUUCCCUUGUGGAAACACAGUAUGUCGAAAUGGCAUGGACUGUAUUGGAAAUAGAUGUGCUGAUCCCUGUCAGGACUACACUGCCUUGAACGACGAGUGGCGUUCGACACAGUUUAGAUAUAAUAACUCCAACUUGGCAAUAUGUGACCGAAAUAUUGAGUGGCGAGGCUGGUAUCGUCUGUUUCUGGGGCGCAACAAUGCACGUAUUCCCGAGAGAUGUAUAGAUGAAAACAUGUGUGGAACCCACGCACCGUUGUGGAUAAGAGGACCUCAUCCCACACAGUCUAAUAUGAUCGCAUCUCGUACUGUGUGUAACGCAUGGGAGGGUGAAUGCUGCCAUUUUGCUUCACACAACAUCCAUGUCAAGCUUUGCUCUACGGCAGCGAGCAGCUACUACGUGUAUAAACUUGUGAAGCCAUCGACAUGCCGUCUUGCUUAUUGUGCAGAGGUGAACGGAAUAGAUUCUACACCAGCACCUGAAGUUAAUCCAACCACUUUACCAAAUGAUGAAACGACAGACCUCCAUCCCCUACAAACAACACCAGCAACACCAAGGACAACAUCUCCUUUCCCAACAACACCAGCGGGACCAUUCGAUGAAGGGGAGGUCCGUCUGGCGAAUGGUGGAAACAGCUCCUGCUCCGGCAGAGUGGAAAUCUUCCAACGUGGGCAGUGGGGAACGGUGUGUGACGACAUCUGGGACCUGAAGCAUGCGCAAGUGGUGUGCAGGCAGUUGGGCUGUGGCAGGGCCCUGGCGGCCCUCCACAGGGCUCACUUUGGAGAGGGCAGAGGGCCCAUUUGGCUGGACAACGUCAGAUGCACCGGAAGUGAAGCAAAGCUGGGAGAGUGCAAUCACCAAGGGAUCGGGUCGCACAACUGUGGUCACCACGAGGAUGCUGGAGUGGUUUGUGAAGUCAUUCAGUCUAACAGAAGUCUCUUGUUCUCAGCGGUGAAUGAAACAAGUUAUUUUACGACAGCAGAACCUGAUGGUUCUGGAAUGGAGCCAACAACAAUCACCUUUGAAACAACGACCCGUGUCAUGGCGGGACCAUUCGAUGAGGGGGAGGUCCGUCUGGCGAAUGGUGGAAACGGCUCCUGCUCCGGCAGAGUGGAAAUCUUCCAACGCGGGCAGUGGGGAACGGUGUGUGACGACAUCUGGGACCUGAAGCAUGCGCAAGUGGUGUGCAGGCAGUUGGGCUGCGGCAGGGCCCUGGCGGCCCUCCGCAUGGCUCACUUUGGAGAGGGCAGAGGGCCCAUUUGGCUGGACAACGUCAGAUGCACCGGAAGUGAAGCAGAGCUGGGAGAAUGCAAUCACCAAGGGAUCGGGUCGCACAACUGUGGUCACCACGAGGAUGCUGGAGUGGUUUGUGAAGCUGCUUCACCCGUGAGGCUGGUCAACUCUGACAACCGCUGCUCUGGAAGAGUUGAGGUCUACCAUAACGGACAGUGGGGGACUGUGUGUGACGACUUUUGGGACCUCACCGACGCCAACGUGGUGUGUAGACAGUUGGACUGCGGCAGGGCUCGUUCAGCACCGUCCAAUGCGGCUUUUGGACAAGGGAGUGGACCCAUCUGGUUGGAUGAUGUUCGUUGUUUUGGAAAUGAAACCUCAAUAACAAGCUGCCGACAUCUUGGAUUUGGGAGACACAACUGUCGUCACAAUGAGGAUGCCGGAGUGGUUUGUCAAGCUGACCAACCUUCACUCAGACCUUCACACCUUAUUUGUGGUCCUGACAAAAUCCAAGUGGGCCUGAAUUCGGUUAGCAUAACAAGCGCUGGUUACAACCCACGUUCUGGCAACCUGGCAGUCCACAACUGUUCCUCGGUCAGAGUGCAGAGUGGCAUCGUGUGGUACGAGGCCGACACGAAGGCACAGGCCUGCGGAAACACGCUGACGACCAACCGGACACACGCCAUCUACUCCAACAGUCUAUUCAUCUACCCAUUGAACAACGCAUCCUUCUCCCUUCCUCUGAAACUUCCUUUCUCGUGUGCCUAUCCCCUGGACACAGACAGCAGGCUGAAUGUCGCCGUCAGGCCCUACCUGGAUCUGGAAGGUGCUCUUGUUGGCUCGGGUGACAAAGCCAGAGCCUCCAUGGUCCUGUUCCGCAACUCCAAUUACACAGAGCCUUAUGCAGCGGGUGCAGUUUCCCUUCCAGUGGGCUCACCAUUGUAUGUGGGGGUCUCGGUGGACAAAAGAGAUCCCAGCUUGGCACUUGUUUUGGAGGAUUGCUUCGCUUCUCAUUCCCCAAACCCUGCAAACCCUGAGCGAUACUCUCUCAUCCAAAAUAAAUGUCCCGCUGACCGCCAACAAGUGUCGGUGGUCGAGAGUGGCUCAUCGCUUCGGGCUCGUUUCGCUGCGCUCUUCUUCCUGCUUCAGGGAGAAUACCGAGAUGUUUACCUCCACUGCAGCCUCAGCCUGUGUGACCUCAGGAGGCACUCUUGCAUUCCGCCUUGCACAAGGAGGGUACGACGUUCUGUCUCAGACUCUGCUCCUCUGAUGCCACUCACCAUUGGCCCAAUCAGUUGGGAGAAAUCAUCCGAGCAACAUCCGGUCAACGAAUAAAACAGUUUGACUGUUCAGUUAAUAUUCAGAAACCACGAUAGCAAAAAUGGUGAAAUCUCCUGCAUAUAAAUUACAAUACGUUGUAUCAUCUUGUCAAUUCAAAUAAUUAUAAUAAAAAGCAAACAUGAAAUAA